AUGUGGACCGAACUAGCUAAAUUUCUGUCCUUUGUGUCCCGACUAGGGGCAUUUGCCAUGAGCGUGGUAUCUCUGGCACUUGUCUCGCUGACACUAUCUGAAAGGGACUGGAUGGAUGGGAUGUCCAUCUACAUCGUGGCUGUCAGCUGCUUGAGCAUUCUUGUGGCACUUGUCCCACCGUACCCCAAUUUUGUCAUCGACUCAUUCUUUGCCUUGGCAUGGAUAAUGGCCGCUGUGUUUUCCUUUCUGAUAAUGUUCUUGAAAUCGACAUGUUAUGGCGUCGCCGACCCAGGCUCAAUUGCAGUCGCUUGUCCCAAGUACAAAGCCUUUGUGGCCUUUUGUUUCUUGACGUUUGGUGCCUGGGCAGCGUGCGCCUCAUUCGGUUUGCUGCUUUUCAUCAUAGCCAUUUUCAAAAAUGCACGUUUAAGAAGUAAUCAUUACAUUCGUGAUCCAACCAUCUACAAAGGAAGAUAUCAUGGAGCAGGGGCCUUGUCUUCGUCUGGCCCGGCCACUGCUGAUGUACAAGCACCACCUCUGGCCAGAAACGCCGGCUUCCCGAAUGAUCGGCAUGCUGAUUUCGCAAGUGAUACGCCCCAAGGGUCUGCUAAUGAGAAGCCCACGGGCUAUACCAGUGAGAAGUACGGCACGUAUUAUGAUGAAAAAUUUGCAAAGUAUCCCUACGAAAAGAUUGAACGCCUGCCAAGCAAGGACAAUGAAGAGGACAAGAUCCUUCCGGUCACAGCUCCUGCAGCGAUGCCUAAUAUGUCUCAUAACCAGCUUGGCUACGCGCCAGAGGGUAAUGAACAUGGUAGAUAUGAAGAAGAAGAAUGGGCCCCGAAGGAGCCGGAGUAUAUUCGAGUUAGAGGACUGUUUUCCGAUUUCAUCCUUGCGAAUUGGGUUUGGCUUGGAUUAGCUGGGAUUGUCCUGAUGGCUGUUAUCUUGCCAAUCGUAAUUAUAUACGGCGUUCCUGCCUUCGCGUAUUACGUGCUGGAUAAUAUCCAGGUACCGAAGUCUCUGUACGGUGAAAUCACGGCAUUCGAAGAGAGCUACGCGACAUUCAACAUAAUGUCGAGCAUUCGAGCGCCGUCCGGAAUUUCUGCCAGCAUAGAUCCAACCACGCUGCAGAUGUUCAAUCCGGAGACCGUGCCAAUAAGUCCGAUUGCAUACAUCGACACUGGCAAAAUUAAAAUCAAAGGCGGCGAGACGAUUCAUGCCAACAACGGGCAAAUACGGGUGGGCAACAUGACGGAAUGGACGAAGCUCUGGCGCAAGUUUUUCUUCGAUCCCGUCAUGACUGUCGGUCUUAAAGGCAGUCUAAAGCUACAUGUUGGUCCUCUGAAAAUAUCUGUCGAUACCGUCAAGACAGUAUCUUAUCAGGGGAUUCUGAAUGCAACUGUACUUCAACUCGAGUACCUCAAGAUCCAACCGCCCGAUGCUGACGGAGCCAACGUCUUGAUUUCAUUGCCCUUGGUCAACCCUGCCAUUCUCACUCUAAAUUCUACUGCUCUUGUGACCGCUGACUUCACAAUUGGUCAAACUCUACUCGCCGAAGCGUUUAUCGACAACUUCAACCUGAAGAAGGGGCUUAAUUACUUGGACGCAAGAGCAAGGGUCGAUCUGGAAAUCGUGCUUGGGUUGCUCCAAAACAUCACCCAGGUCAUCGGAACCGAGCUCCCGUACAUGGCAAACGGCAUCCUGGUCACCGGCUUGCAGACGACGAACAUAACUGCAGACGGGCACUCGUGGCCUUACUGGGUCCGGGCGUUCAGGGGAAUCGACCUGUUGGCGGGCAUCGAGCUGUCUUCUGUGCCUCCGAGCCUUCUCACCAGCGUCGCGAGCGAUGCGAUCGCGGGAAUCCUGACGGGGACUGGCGGCUCGUUCAUAACGCAGGAACCCGGCGGCGUAAUCGACGUCAACACGACGCUGAUAAACAAGAUCCUAAGGAACCUGACGAUCAUCGACGCGUCGUCUUUGAACCUGUAG